AUGGACGCUGAAACUCCGCGUUCAUUAUUUGGCAAACAGCGACUUAAACGUCGUCUUGUGUUUGUUUCCUCACCCGAAACAUCUGAAAGUGAAGAACCUGCGACGAUUACCUUGGCACGCACUAAUACAUUACGAAUUGAAACAUUGGAAAAUGAAGAAUCCGCGACUACUACCUUGCCACGUACUUGUACAUUACAAAAGAAAAACACUACGAUUCGGUAUUAUGAGAUUACGGAGGUUCUUGAACAAAUUGACUCCGACUUUAGUGCCUCGUCUUCCGAUAAUUAUCAACCAGAUUCAAAUGGUUCGUCGUGUUCAGACUCUGAAAAUACAGCCUUUGAAGAUAGUCAAGUCGAGUGCUCUGCCACAGAAGACGAGCAGCCUCAAUCGUCAGCGUUACUACAAGUUGAGCAGGAUUUGGCAUCACUAAAUGUUCCUGGACCGUCUCAAGGGCAAAGGGCACGAGAAAGACCAUCUGUACCUUGGUCAAAUACAAAUGAAGGUAUGAAGAUCUUCGAUUUCACGGAAAAAGUUGGUUUGAAAGUGACGGUAUCCAGUGAUUCAAAAGCUAUAGAUUUUUUAAGUCUUUUCCUCGAUGAUGAAUUCCUGACAUAUAUUGUUCGGGAAACUAAUAAGCACGCUGCUGAUGUUUUGAUGAAGCCAGGAGUUGGGCUGAAAUCAAGAAUAACGGACUGGAAAGACACAAGUGUCGCCGAGAUGAAAUUAUUUUUUGGCAUAAUUUUGCAUAUGGGUAUUAUUCGUCUCAAUCGUUUGACGGACUACUGGAAAAAAGAUCGAUUAUUCAACAUUCCAAUUUUCAGACAGUAUAUGUCGCGAAACAGGCAAUAUAUAAAAAACAAGAAGCACAAAUAUAGGAUGAAGCUGUACAUGCUCACAGAGCCCGAUGGCCUCGUUCUGAGACUGCAUCUGUAUGGAGGCUCCGCCGAUAUAACAUGUGGAAAAGGACACACAGUAAAGGUGGUGCUGCACCUAUUGAAAGAUUUUCUAGAGAAAGGCCAUUCAGUUUAUAUGGACAACUUCUACAAUGGGUAUAAUUUAGCCGCGAAGUUGCUUACUCACAAGACUUACUGCACGGGAACUCUAAGAUAA